AUGCUGAGCCAAGAUGCGUGGGAGUCAUUGAUCUGCUUUAUUUGCAGCAGCAACAACAACAUUUCCAGGAUAUCGCAAAUGGUCCAUAAGCUAUGCAUACACUACGGUCCCCUUAUUGGUCAUAUUGGAGAAGAAGCUUUCCAUGACUUCCCUCCACCGGAGGCGCUGACGGGAAGUUCAGUAGAGGCGCACCUACGAGAGCUCGGUUUCGGCUAUAGGGCUAAAUACAUUGCGCAGACGGCAUCGCUCGUUGUGAACGAACGACCAAAAGGGUGGUUUGAAAGUCUAACAAACCCGGAGAACCCCUGCUACAGGAAGACUCCCGAGGGCGCCAAACUGCCUCACUGCACGUACAAAGAAGCCCAUGAGCAGCUUCUUCAGUUGGCUGGUGUCGGGCCCAAGGUGGCUGAUUGCGUGUGCCUGAUGGGUCUGGGCUGGGGCGAGGCCGUGCCGGUAGAUACACACGUCUGGCAGAUUGCUCAACGAGAUUACAAAUUUGGCAAAGUCAAGACUAAGACGUUCAAUAAGGCAACAUAUGACGCCGUGGGAGGCCACUUUAGGAACCUUUGGGGUCCAUAUGCUGGAUGGGCUCACUCGGUGCUGUUUACGGCAGACCUGAAAACAUUCUCCGAGCGUACAAUCAAGAAAGAGGAGGACACAACUACGACGCACAAAAAGGAGGUCAAGAUAGAUGAGGACAUGCCAAUUCAUGGCAGGAAACGGAAGGUUGUUAAGGCAACUAUAAAAGUGGAGGUUCAGGAUGAAGUGCCCGAGGUAGCGGCUAAGGAGCCGUCCCCAAAACGGCGCAGAACAAGAUCGCAGGUGCAAAAGAGGACAUGA